CCAAUGGGAGAGGCUGGGUGGGGCGGGGCGGCGAUGGCGGCGCGCGCGGUGCUGUGUUUGGCGGGAGCGGCGCUGUCGCUGUACGCGCUGCACGUGGAGCGGGCGCGCGCCCGGGACCCGUCCUACCGAGCCGCCUGCGACCUGGGGCCCGCCAUCUCCUGCACCCGCGUCUUCGCUUCCCGGUGGGGCCGGGGCCUGGGGCUGGUGGAGGGGCUGCUGGGCCGGGACAGCGCGGCCAACGUCCCCAACGGGGCCAUCGGGGUCCUCUUCUACCUGCUGCAGGGGCUGCUGGGGGCAGUGCCGGGGCGGGGGGCGGCAGCGGUGCUGCUGGCGACGUCGGUGGCGUCGGCGAUGGCCUCGCUGUGGCUGGCGGGGGUGCUGGCCUUCAGCCUCCACGACUUGUGCCUCGUCUGCCUCACCACCUACCUGCUCAACGGCUUCCUCCUCCUCCUCAACUGGCGCCGCUGGCGGCGGCUCCGCCACCUCAAAACCGCCUGAAACGCACCCAAAAAUGUCGGGGGGGGGGGACACGGGGACACCCCCAUGGCUGGGGGUGCCCCUCCCUCUCCCCCUGUCCCCCCAAACAUGGCAGUUGUGAGCCAGGGA